AAUUCGAAAUCGAAACCAGGAAGCGAUGAUUUCAUCACUGUUAUCGUCAAAUCCGGCGCUAGUAGAUUCCGAUAGAUCAUCCACGAGAAGAAGAAAGAGGAAGAAAAUCCAGCACCAAACACAAAAUCAGUCAGAAAUUACAGAAAUCAAUCCGACGAUCCAGUGGAAAUCCGACGCUCAGCAGCAAAUCUACUCAUCAAAACUCCUCCACGCGCUGAAGCAAGUCCGGCUCAGCGGCGGAGCUCAGACUUCGGCUCCGAGACGCGUGCACGACGCCGCGUACAGAGUAUUAGCCGCGACGGCGAAGGGACGGUCGAGGUGGAGCCGAGCUAUACUCACGAGCCGGCUCAAACUGAAGUUCGUGAAGAAAAACAACACGGCCAAACGACACCGUAGGGUGAUGACGUCAAUCACCGCCGGCAGCUGCCGCGCGCAGAAGAAAUCGAAGGUGAGCGUUCUCAGGUUGAAAUCCAAGUGUUUGCCGGCGUUCCAGCGCAAAGCGCGCGUUCUCGGUAGGUUGGUUCCCGGUUGCCGGAAACAGCCGUUGCCGGUGGUUUUGGAGGAGGCCACCGAUUAUAUCGCCGCCCUCGAAAUGCUGGUACGAACCAUGAGUGCCUUAGCCGAGCCGCUUUCUGUAUCCGGCUCAUCUUCUAGUGGCUCCACAAUGGCUCUUAUUGGUGGGCUUAAUCAGCUAUAGCUCAAGCUAAACUCUCCCUAUCAAAUAUGGGUUUUUUCUUUUGAAGAGUCAGAUAUUCUCCUAUCUUAUGAAUAUCCUAUUGUGAAUUAUAUUUUAUUUUUAAUUUUUUUUCAAAAAAAAAAAAAAGAGAGUUUCUGGUGAUGUAACUUGUAAGAUUAAUAUAUAUUAUUUCAUAAGUUGGAUAAUUAGGAUUUAUGAUGAAAUAAUGUGGGAUUAAUUAAUUAGGUGCAAUGAAUCCAGGUCACAAUCUUCUUUAUUCA